AUGAUCAGGACGCCUGCCACACCGGCCAAAGUUGGAGACGCGAAGAACUUCACGGCCUGGGUGCAUGAACCGAAAGAGAAUAUCAACGUGGCACUGAAUUGUUCGCAUUGGCCCGGAGUCAGCGAAGGAGAUGUAUUCCGCGUCACCCACGCGGACGGCAAGGACGCAAGAGGGUUUUUGUUCGUUCUUCUGAGGGAUGACGGCGUAGCGAAACCGCAACUUCAGUUCUCAAUUCCUAGACCUGUUGCCGAAGCUUUCGGAGUGCGGAAUAACGCAGAAGUUACGAUCACCAGGGUUGACAAGGAGGCAUGGUCAAUCGACUACGUUGAAUUCCGCUUCCAGGAUCAGUAUCUCGGUCGCAAUGAUAUGUGGAGACUUGGCGAGUCGCUUGUUGGGCAUGCCGUAUACGUCGGUCAAGAAAUAUCGUUCCUGGGAUCUAUUGCGGCUAAGAUCCAAGCGCUCUACGUGAACGGGAGUAAAGCUGCUGCAGGAAUCAUUACCACCACGACAAAAUCGGUGCAUAGGUCUCUGUCUGCUAAAGUCACGAUUUAUAUACAGGUUUGCAAGGAACUUUGGGAGUUCGACAACGCCGGGGAACGUUACAAUGAACGCAUAGUGCAUUCGUUUCUCCCGGCCCUAUUCGAGAAAUGGCGCGAUGCUGGCACCAAUCAUAUCGUCACCAUCGUGUUGGUAUCUCGGGUAUACUAUGACCAAUCCGAGAUCGAGUACGCCGCAGGACCACUGCGCCAGGACGAGGACCGGAACUGGUAUAAAGAUUUCUACAAGGUGAUCACGGAUUUGGAAGUGUUGACGGAGUGGAGGAGCACGCUGGUCAGCUUGAAAGAUUCAUUCUGGGCGUUUCAAAGGGACAUCCUCCUCACGCAUCAUUAUCACCGUGCUGCUAUGGACUCCUCUGUAACAGGUCUUUCCGAGCAGGUUCGACUAGUGGGGAGGCUUUCGUAUGCCCACGACGGCCCUAUCUUGGAAGCCAUUAAUAUGGGGCUCAAGUCAUCGGAGUUACAUUAUAUCGACCGCUCUCUAUCUUUGACCGGCUCGGCGACAAUAAUCAUCACGCCGGGGACGGGGUACUUUCGUGUCAACAAACAGCUCCUCCGUUUGACCACCACACGACUUUUGGAUCAAGGCUUCGGCGUGGACUUGGUCUCGCUUACGAAGCCCCCGCUGCACCAAAGUCCCAUUUUCUCCUUCAGAGGCUUGGAGCCUGAACUGCUCAGGAAGGAUAGGGAUGGGAAGACUGGAUCGAGGGCCAUGGACUCACUAUGGGGCGGAGAUGAUGGCCCAAGCGAUUGGCAGGGGCGCGAACGGACGACGUUUUGGUGGGAGCCUUUCUGGAUGUCAGCGUCGUUCUGGGAUAGACAAAUGGAUCAGCCCUUCCGACAGGACAGGUUCGUGGCCAGAGCCAAAAUGCACGAGAUGCAGAUGAUGGGACUCUUGGACCACGAUGUUCUCUCGAGCAUUGAGAUACCCUUCCUGAGCGAUCAAGAGUCUCCAUUCCGCCGGCAAGAUCUUCCGCUCACAAAGGCAGAGACCGAUGAGUUUGACACGGCGAUCUUCGAGUACAAAGCACUCAGUGGCAGAAAUCGCAAUUCGCUCGCUUCAUCGGGCAAUAGCACAGUUCUUGCCAGUUCCUGGAAAAACGAAAGGCGUAUCAGUACUAUAUCGACCCUGUCGCAUCGGUCGUCCAUCAAAUCCACGAAAUUUGCUCCCAUCGAAGAGAGUCCGCGGAUACCACUGGAGGAGCUACCUGACGAAGGCCAGGAAAGCAAGGAGAAGAUGCUAUCCCCAGCCCUCUCGAAUCUUGCGUUAAGCGCAUCACCUUCUCAAUCUUCUAUACGCUCGAAUCUUUCCGGUCGCUCCUCAGCUACAACGAGGUCAAACGGUGGUAAAAGCCAACCUUCUGGCUCACAGAGCUAUCUCAAGCCCUCGUGGCUGUUCAACGCGUUCAAAUCCACUCCAAGCCAAGCUCAGACCACUGCCGCGGUUGCUCAUGCUGAGUCUAGCUCCAGCGUGAAAGCGUCCCGUGCCACCAUCUCCAAGGCUUCAGCCUCCGGUCAUCACUCAAGCCGGCGCACAUUGAAGACAUCACAGUCCAAGAACACCGACUCUAAACCGGUUAGCAUACAACGCAGUGGAUCUGCGCGAUCGGUCUUGAGCCGCAGAAUGGAAGAGGAAGGCCACGCUCAACGCACCAUCACGCCCUUAGGAACCCCUCCGCGCGACGAAGUUUCAUUCGGGAAAAGAAGAAGUACCCUGAGUUCAAUCACUGUCCCGCUAAGCAUGUCAUCCCCUGCCAUACGGAUCAAUCCUUCUCGUGCCGAUGUUCCCCUGUCCUACCACGUAUACGCGCUGGCGAGGAGAUGGGAGCACAUGUCCCCGCAGCCAUGGUUCAAACAUGAGAUCAAGUGGAAGUCGAUGACUACCCCUGGAUGUCUUCCGUUGACCGUCGAACACUUCCCCACGACAUCGGAGUUGGACUCUUCCUACGAUGUGGCUUCGUACGACUUUGUCGUAGACCCGCCUGAUAUGCGGUCUUUUCUCGUCAAACCUCCGACAGUCACGGGCCCGGAUAUCCGUCACGCAUGGGCGAUGGCCAUAAUGCGCGGGAUGGCUGCGUUUAGGUUAUCGCAGGGUUUCCAGUUCGUCUUGGGUUCCAAGAAGAGUGCUGAGAAACUGGAGAAAAAUGCUCUGCGACGCACCACGUCGUUUGUGGGCGAGGACGAGAUGACCCCCAAACCUUCGGGAGCAGCGGAGGUUUUGCGCUCCUCCGAACCGAUAUACCUCAGCAUGAGCAACGAAAUACACAGGAUAUCGUAUGCCACGGAGACGAUCCAGGUUCGGCGAUACGUUCGUCGACUGCCACCCUCGCCACCGUUCGAAUAUCAGUGCCUUAUCUGGCCCAAGCUUGGGGUAGGUUACACGGAGUGGAAGACGUCCUUCGCCUCACAUGGACUCGAAAACUAUGGAUGGAAUAGGCUUGACAUGUUAGUUGCUGGUUAUGAACCCCAGUUUCACGAAUCCCUUCGCUAUUGGCGUACCCGUUUCGUGGUGAUUCCUACCGCGGAACCCCCUUCCAUUACCACGGGCCCUUCUGGAGAGAAGCUCAACGAGGAGGAAGUCCGACUUCUGGGGAUGGACAAGCUAGCUGAUAUCUUCACUCGACUUCGCUGGCGAGCGCCAGGAGACGAUUCUAAUGCCCCUCCAGUUCGUUUCCUGCCAACGGACUUGAAUCCAGCGGCUUCCGUACUCGACGAGAACCUAAUGGCACAGCUGGAUCACAUACAUGCCUCGGGCCCGUUAAAGAAAAAGACCCACAGCCAUAGGGACAUCAGCGACAUGACUUUAUCGUCCAUCGCCAAGGCGAUGCGUGAAGAAGACGGGGUCCAGAUCAAGGAUUAUCGCUGGCAUUCAAACGUCUACAAGGAAUCAUUCACCGGUUGGGACUUCGUCUCAUGGUUGGUGCGCGAGUUUAGAGACGUGUCGACCAGGGAGCAAGGUGCGGAAUGGGGCGUCAAACUGAUGCAGCAGGGCUUGUUCGACCACUGCAGAGGUAAACACGGAUUUUUGGAUGGGCAUUAUUACUACCGUCUCGUUGGGGAAUACGCCGUUCCGUCGACUCCUAAAACAGGCUGGUUCCGUUCACGGCAUCCCGAGGAUUCCAACGUUCGGUCUGGGCAUUACCCCUCGGGCGUCGCGAAUCCCCGCGCCCAGAAAAAGAAACGUCUUAUUCUCAGCCAAAGCAUGGUGAUCGACAUUGACCCCAACAAGAAAAGUGAUCAGGCCGAGACCGUCAUCCUGCACCACGAUAUCAUGCACAACCCUGCAACGGUGUUCCAUUUCGAAUUACACUGGAUAGGAACCACGCCUCGUCUGAUAGAGGAUCAAGUCCGGUCCUGGAACAGGGUGAUCGAACGCUAUGGGUUGAGGCUGGUCGAGGCGUACGUCACGCAGAUAUACGACGUUCGGGAAAGGAACGCGUUUCAGUCAUGCUUUCCGGUCAGGUUGGCGGUCCAGGCGCCGGUCGUGCCAGACCUGGACAAAAGGGUACCAGAAGGUACCCAAACGGCGCAUUACUUCGAAUACGCUCUCCUCCGCCAGUUUGGGUUCAUCCUCGACAUCGAAGCUGCGGACCUCUACCCCGAGCAUAUCGACGCGAUCUAUUCGUAUAGGCGAGAACCGUUCAAGUAUUCGCAGUUCGUACAUCGGUCUGGGGUUGCAUUCGUGCAGGUCGUGGGCGGUACCCAAGGCUUCCUAUUCUUGACGAACAGGCUCAUGGGUCCCACCCGCAUGGGCACUUCGAUGAAAGGCAUCAACCAGAAGGAGCAACGGCCGGCCGAAGCGGCAGAGGAAAUCCGGAUAAAGUUGGCCGAAUUCUGUUCCGACCGUGAAGCUUUACUGGAAUUCUACGACAAGGAGUUGGCACAGCUUGGUCACGCCCGACCUGCGCAAGAGGAUCCGCCUCCCCUCAACAUUUGA